UAUUACAGCACUUGUCCCCCUCUAUUUUUUGCCUCUCACACCUAUCAAUUUUCAUUUCUUUCACUGCCAUCCCUUUCCAAACCUUUCAUCAAUCCUGUAAAAAAAAAAAAAAAAAAAAGAACAAGAAUGUUGCAUUUGUCUGAAAAACCCCAUUUUAUCUACACUUGUUUGAUGUUAUUAGCUUGGGUUUCUCAGUAUGUAUCUUUAAGUACUGGGUUCGAGUUGAAUCAUUCAUUGACGUACAUUUGGCCGUUGCCACAUGAACUCACUUCCGGUAAUGAGACACUAACUGUGAACCCAACACUGUCUUUGUCUCUGAUUGGGAAAGGAGGAAACUUUAAGAUUUUGAGGGAAGGAUUUAGGAGAUAUAAAAGGAUUAUAUUUAAACAAUCUUCUGGGGUUUCGAUUUUUAAGAAUUUGAGACGAAUUAGAUCUAUUUAUGAUAUUAGUCAAAUGAGGAUCAUUGUGAAUUCAGAUAGUGAUGAGCUCAAAUUGGGUGUGGAUGAGAGUUAUACUUUGUUUAUAACAAAGACUGGAGGGAAGUCUACUGCUUGGGAGGCUAUAAUUGAGGUGAAUACCGUUUACGGUGCGUUAAGAGGAUUGGAGACAUUCAGUCAAUUGUGUGCUUACGAUUAUACGACUAAAUCAGUGCAAUUAUCCAAAGCACCAUGGUAUAUUAAAGAUAAACCAAGGUUUGCAUAUCGUGGCCUUUUGCUCGAUACAUCAAGGCACUAUUUUCCGGUCGAUGUCAUUAAGUCGAUAAUUGAUUCAAUGUCUUAUGCUAAACUUAAUGUCCUUCAUUGGCACAUCAUAGAUGAGCAGUCAUUUCCCCUCGAAAUACCCAAAUAUCCAAAACUGUGGAAUGGUGCUUAUACGAAAUGGGAGCGCUAUACGGUUGAGGAUGCGAGUAAAAUUGUUAGAUUUGCCAAAACACGAGGCAUCCAUGUAAUGGCAGAAGUAGAUGUCCCCGGUCAUGCAAAGUCAUGGGGAGUCGGCUAUCCGGAUCUAUGGCCUUCAACUUCCUGCAGAGAACCACUUGAUGUUACGAAAAAUUUUACUUUCGAUUUAAUUUCUGGCAUUUUUUCAGAUAUCCGAAAAAUCUUCCCAUUUGAGCUCUUCCACCUUGGUGGUGACGAGGUUAAUAUAGGUUGCUGGAACAAUACGCCCCAUGUAAAGCAGUGGCUCAAAGAUAACAAUAUGAAGCCUAAAGAUGCAUAUAAAUAUUUCGUCCUCAAGGCUCAAGAAAUCGCAAUCUCGAAAAACUGGACCCCAGUCAACUGGGAAGAGACCUUCAAUGCUUUUGCCGGGAGUCUUAAUCCUCAGACCGUGGUGCAUAACUGGUUGGGUCCUGGGGCUUGUCCAAAGGCUGUCGCGAAAGGAUUCAAAUGCAUUUUCAGUAAUUCAGAUGUUUGGUAUCUCGACCAUCUAGACGUCCCUUGGGAGCAAAUCUACAAUGCCGAACCACUAGAAGGAAUAGAUAACGAGUCCAAGCAAAAACUUGUUCUCGGAGGAGAAGUUUGUAUGUGGAGUGAGAUGGUUGAUACAUCAAACGUUCAACAAACAAUUUGGCCUCGAGCUGCUGCUGCAGCAGAACGCUUGUGGAGCACAAAGACGGCAUUAUCAGCUGGAAAUGAUACUGUAUUGCAUCGAUUACAUUACUUCCGAUGCCUAUUGCAAAGGCGUGGGGUUCAAGCUGCUCCAGUCACAAAUUAUUACGCUCGGCAGCCGCCAGUUGGUCCUGACUCAUGUUAUUGGCAAUAACUUCUAUUCUUACUUGUCGGGUUACUUCAGUGUAUCUGAAACUGCUUGUAUUACUUCAGUGUAUCUGAAACUGCUUGUAUCCGCUCUUAUAUAUGUCUAAGUACAUUUUCAAAUAAUCCACCGGUCUUCAUUUCGUAUUAUGCAA